GUAAACAAUAAACAAAUAUGCCUACCAAUGCUACAUUAACAACAGAACAAACAUAUACGAUCAAUAAUGGUGACACAGGCUGGGUGAUGCUUUGUGCUUGUCUUGUAUUUUUAAUGUCACCUGCACUUGGAUUUUUUUAUGCAGGUUUAGCAAGAGCCAAAAAUGCAUUAUCGUUAAUGUACUUGACUGUCAUGUCUGUGGCCGUGGUUUCUUUUCAAUGGUAUUUGAUUGGUUACUCACUUACCUUUUCCGAAACUGGAUCAUUUUUUAUUGGUGAUUCCAGUCAUUUUCUAUUACGAGGUGUAGGUAGAGCACCUCAAUAUCCAGAACAAACGAUUCCAGCUGCUGCUUUUAUGCUGUUUCAAUGUAUGUUUGCUGCCAUUACACCAGCGUUGGCAUUUGGAUCUGCCGCGGAACGAAUGUCCCUGGGUCCUGCCAUCUUAUUUAUUUUUAUUUGGACAACCCUUGUUUACGACAUCAUUACUUCUUGGAUCUGGUCAAGAAAUGGCUGGUUAACUCAAUUAGGUGCUAUUGAUUAUGCGGGUGGCACACCAGUUCAUAUCUCCAGUGGUUUGGCUGCAGUCGCCUAUGCUAUGGUGGUUGGAAAACGUCGAGAUUAUAAUGAAAACGUCAAUACACCUCAUAAUGUAUCUUUUGUAUUUCUAGGCUUGGCCUUGAUGUGGUUCGGCUGGUUCUGCUUUAAUGCAGGUAGUGCUUUAGCAGCCAAUGCACAAAGUGUACACUCUCUUGUGUGUACCCAUCUUUCAGCGUGUACAGCAGCCAUUGUGUGGGUACUGAUGGAUUACCAACAUACACGUAAAUGGAGUAUCAUUGGGUUAUGUACGGGAGCUGUAGCGGGACUUGCCACCAUCACACCGGGAUCAGGUUAUGUGUCAGAAAGUAGUUCACUUGCGUUUGGUGCGAUUGGUGCAUUUAUCUCCAACAUUAUCUUGCGUUACAAGCAUCGUUUAGGCUUUGAUGAUGCUCUGGAUGUAUUUGCAGUCCAUUAUAUUGGGGGUCUCGUCGGUCUGGUCUUGACAGGUGUGUUUGCUCAACAAAGUGUCAUGGCUUUAGCCUAUCCGGAAGGAACACCCAUAGACCAACUCCCCAUGGGUGGUUGGUUGGACGGUAAUUGGAUGUUGGUACCUAUUCAAUUGGUAGCCAUUGUCAGUGUAUCGGCCUGGGCUUUUGUGGUGACCUAUUUGAUCUUGAUUGUCUUGAACAAGAUUCCUUCAUUGACAUUACGGUUAGCGGAUGAGGAUGAGAUUAUUGGAACUGAUUGGGCGGAAAUGGGUGAACGUGCCUAUGGUUAUUUACCCAUGGAUGAGGAACAUGCACGUCGUCAGCAGAUUAUUGAUGAAGCCAGAGCACGUUUAGAAGAAGAAGAAGAAGAAGAAGGAGAAGGAGAAGAUAAGGGACAUGUGCAGUUGGAUGAACACGUCAAUGGCACCUUGAACGCGAUGGGUAGUCCUGGUAGUAUUGAUUUGACGUUAAAUACAACGGAUAAUCCAACGGUCAAGAAACGUAACUUUAAGCAAAAUCUGCGACAUUUGAUCAUGUCUAAAAAGAAGAAGGACGGCGUAUUUAACGGAGCGCAAAUGAUGGAAGAGCCUGUGAUUUUGAAUUAUGGACAGGAUAAAGAUUUUGGUGGAGUGACGUCGUCAAAAGCGAUGGAGAGCCAACAACAACAACAGAAGCAGCAAAAGAAGCCGUAUACCCAACCUUCAUCCAAUAAUGAACCGAGCGGGUUUGAAUUAGAUGAUAUGACCGAACAACGCAAUUAUGACUAUUCAGAUGAAGCUGGACCAAGUACGACUGUCAGUAGUGGUAGAAAUACACCUGUGAAUGAAUACGAGUACAGUCAUGAUGCAUUUACAGAUUUUGACCCUCCCACUAAAUUUACAAAACGGUCCUAA